UUUCCAAUUGCAGGUAUCACCUGGUCCAAUAGGAAUCUCUCACCCUCCUCGGGCUUGCAUCGCCGCCUGCCUUCCAAACAGCCUCGGCAGUGUCUCUCUUGUCUGCCCUCAGCAGCAGCGACCGAUCUCUCAUCCAACCAACAGCAAGCAGCAGACACUCUAGAGGCAGGAUCACCCUUCGUUUCUCCUCGUGCGCUCAGUCAUCGUCGCGGAUGCAAUGCAACCGGUCGGUCGUCGUCGUCGUUCUCGUCGUGAGUCUUCGUCGCCGCCGGAAAGUGCUGUAACGAGCGUACGAGUCGCUAAAGCGGGCGAACAAAAAGUGUGAGAGUAAUAUGUUACUCGACUAGAAGGACGACUACUGGAGUUGUCCUGCCGGAGGUUCAGCCGGGCCAAAUACGGGAUAUUUAUCCGAACAACGACACAAACGACGACCGGAAGUGAGUGCCGCCUCCCUCGUCCUUUCGUCCGUCUCGUCGCGUCGGUGGAAAAUUUAUAAGAGUGCUGUUUCAAUUUGUGUGAAAGCGAAUCAAGCGCGAAUAAGGAUGUGAAGUGAAAAUCUCCCCGGCUUUUUUUCUUAUAUGUCACACACAUACGUCCUGUUCAUAGUGCAAGCAGAAGAAAAAUUGCCAUUCACGUUGCCCGGAAUAAAUAGUGUGAAUCGGGAAGAAAAGUGGUCUCCCCUUUCGGUGGAGCUUGGUCCCUUGGUGCCAAGUGUGUUUCUUUCGAUCCUAAGCGGGCCAAUUUUCCGACAAGUCGACCGGAGAAAGAGUGUUGUAAACCGGUCCGAAGUGGCAAAUGUGAAUUGGUGUGUUUGGAGGAUCAAGAAGGUUGUUGGAAUGCACGCCAAGAAGCGAGUGUAAUUAAAAAUUUAUUGAAAAAAUCUUAAUUAGAAAACAGGCAGCGCACCGAACAAGUGGAAGCGUGUGACGUUUCCCGGUGAAGUUAUUUGCUGUCGAACGUUGAACGUUGCAAGGAGUUGGAAAUUGAAAGAACGACACCGGCUGAUAUCUUGGGAUUGGUUCUGGAUAUACACGUCAGGGAAAGCUGCUCGUGUUUGCUCGUUCCUACAAAGGACCGGAAAGUUGAUCGACACGCCAACAGCGCUCCAUCACCGCUUCGCCGUGGAGACAAAGCUCUUCAACCUCCACGGACAGCCACCCAUCAAGUUCCCGAAGCGGUGCAAGACUGGCGUAUUCGCCACGUAACAGAAUCCUGUCUAUUGCAGCCACACCAGACCACACACACAACAGCGAUUACAGGCGGUUAUGGUUUUUCCUACUGCUUCUGCUGCUGCCGUUGAUGCCAUGUACGUUUACUCCACAUUGAUGUAUUGUUAUACCCGUGAACUGAGAUUGUACUUCGCUGUACAAUAGCUCUACAAAGUUAGUUCCUCUGCUGUCACACGAGACGACAACGGUAAAACCCGAUUUUUUUUUCUCGUGUCCCGCUGAUCUGGAACACACGUACCGAGUACACGUGCAUUGUGGGAGGCAACCCCUCGUGACCGCUGAGUGAAUGAAGCCACCAGCUAACGGUAGACCUUAGAUCUCCCACUUCAGUUCCAUAUUCCUAUACAGGAGACGACCCGUGCAAAGGGCCAAAGGCAGAUAACAUGGGCAUAAAUAAAGUUACGCUGUUUCAAUUAUUUAUUAUCGCUCUCUCGCUGAGCCCGGUAAUUGGCUCCAAAGUGAAUAAAGAGCGACAAUUGAGACAGCAGCAGCAGCAGCACAGCCACCAGAAGGAUUCUGCUGCAGAUUUUGGUUACAUCUCGGAUUCGCACGGACUUCCGACCAGGUUCGGCGACGAGGACGAUGUGAUAUUCGCUAAAAAGCAAAACGAAAGUCAGCACCAUCUGUUGGGUGGGGGAGGAGGAGGUGGUGGCGCAAUCAUCGGACAAGGUUCGGUGUCAAACGUGAAGCCAUCGCUGCUGGGUCACGGAAACGACUACGAUGACUACGAUUAUGAGCAGGAGCUGGAUCAUCCGGAUGACAACGAUAGCCACGGCAAAGAUGGCGGCGGUGCCAAUGGGCACGGAUUAGAUUCAGGAGAUUACACGGACGGAUUUGAUGGCGAUGCCAUAGAUCACAUUGAAAGUUUUGGCGAUGGAAGCGAUACCACCAGUUUGCUGCCGGUGUUUCUAGUGGAACCGCAGAGUACGUAUGUUAUCAAGAACCGACCGGCGGUGUUGCAGUGCAAAGCAUCGCACGCCUUCCAGAUCUCGUUCAAAUGCAGCGGUGGCAACAAGCCUCCACUGACGACCCACGAGACGCAUGUGGAUCCGCACACCGGAGUGCAGUUGCAGGAGGCCAGCACCACCAUAACUCGGGAGCAGGUCGACGAGUUCUUCGGCCGGGGACCGUUCAAGUGCGAUUGCCAUGCCAGGUCGUCGCGGGGCGUUGUGCGGACACAAUCCGCCACCAUUCAAGUCGCAUACAUCAAGCGGCAAAUCAGCAUCACGCCGAAGUCGAUACGCGUCGAGCUGGGUGGCCGGGCGGAGAUCAUUUGCAACGUGAACGCCACCCCGGUUGCCAAGAUCUCCUGGCUCAAGAACGGCAUCCCCCUGGUUGCGAACCCCCCGGUGGUCAUCACCGUCGACGAUAAGGUGCUGAUCGCACACGUCACCAUGCAGGACAUGGCCAAUUAUACAUGUGUUGCGGAGAACAUUGCCGGCAAGCGUGUUUCGGAUCCCGUCAGUCUCACCGUCUUCGUCGACGGCGGUUGGAGUUCGUGGGGACCCUGGACGGACUGUAAGUGUCCUGGUCACCCGAAGCAAGGUCAGAAACGGACUCGAGUGUGCAACAAUCCACAACCCAUGAACAGUGGAGCUCCCUGCGUUGGCCACAACACCGAAACCACUCCGGACUGUCUGCCCUGUACAGCCGGCCGGUGGUCACCGUGGUCCGAGUGGAGCGAGUGUGCACCGGACUGUACCCAGACGCGACAUCGGUCCUGCAUCGGUGGACCGGUCGUAGCGUCGUCCUCGGCAGCGGCAGCCCUAGUGGCCAACACGACGUCCGGCAUGCUGGACAAACAACCGUACGAUGGCAGUACGAUUAACUGCGUCGGCAAGAGCCUCCAGUCGGCCAAAUGCACCGGCGGGGCCUGCAGCUACAGUGUUCAAGGAUCCAACUGGACCAUUUACGUGGGCCUGGCGUUGACGGCGGCGGUAUGCAUCGCAAUCGGAGCUGGCCUGAUGAGGCUGGCUCGGCGGAAGAAAACGAUUCCGGCGUAUAAUCUUGCUAGAUCAGAGAUGCCAUCCGAGUAUUUCCCGACCGAGAGUAAGAAGCUAACCCAUUUUCAGCCCGAUGUGACGCAGGGCAUAAAUUACGAGUAUCCCCUGACGCCGCACCAUCAACCGACCUCCCAGCUUCAUUUGCUCCAGCAGCAGCAGCAGCAACAACCGCACCACGGAAUGCUUCCGACAACGGCGGACAGGACAGGACAGCAUCAACACCCGGGAGGACUUCACCAGAGUAAUUCGCUCAAACAUUCACUGCCAAUCCACCGGUCCAGCUCACAGGAGCAUCACUACGAUGUGCCACAUUUGUGUAAUAAUUACAUGUUCCCGUUGGACAAAAUCAGCAUCAAUGAAUCAUAUUCGUCGUCCAGUUACUCGAAGCGUGUCUGCAGCGUGGAGUCCUUAGCCACAUCGACCAACACAUCCGGUGAUUCAAACUACGAUCAAGCCCUAAUAGUCAACUCCACCUUGCCGGCCCCCGUCGACCAAAUCGCAUCCAACGGACUGCGAACCACCGACUACACCCAGAUGACCCUUACGCCAGCGGGCGCCUUGAUGCGACUGAACACCUACUACGUGGCGCUUCUCAUCCCGGAGGGUGCCAUCUCCAAACACCAGAAGCAGAGCGUGGUCCUGUCCAUCGUCAAAGACGAGAAGUUCUCCAUUCAGAGCCCGGGAUCGCGCAUCACGUUCCUCAGUCCGGUGGUGUUCUGCGGCCCCCCGGACACCAAAGUGCACAAGCCUAUUGUGCUGAAGGUGCCUCACUGUGCGGAGAAUCUGUCCAACUGGCAGUUCUCGUUGUACCACUCGGCGGACGGAUCCGGCCGGUGGAACGAGGCGGUUACCAUUGGGAAGGAGAACAUCAACACGCCGGCGUUUGUACAGAUCGACAAACGGUACGCGUACGUGUUGACCGAGGCCUUUGGGAAGUACGUGUUGGUGGGCGAAUCGGCGAAUGAUAUUCAGGAGCGAGUGGCUUGCAAGAAGCUGAGGAUGUUCAUCUGCGGUCCGUCAACGGUGCCGGAGUUUUCCGAUGUUAGCGUAAGGAUAUACAUAGUUGAGGAUAACCCGGGAGCCGAAGAACGCUGUAGAUACUGUGAACAGGAGAUCGGAGGAGUGCUACUGGGAAAGAGUACGGUGCUAUACUUCUCCGACAACAGCCAAGAUCUGUGUAUAGAUAUUAGAUGCGUGGGAGGAUGGAAGUCGAAGCCUUAUGGUGACCGACAGGUGAUACCGUUUUCCCAUGUGUGGAAUAAUAGCAACUCCACGCUGCACUGUAGCUUUACGCUGAGUCGGACGGAGCACGAUAAGUGCGACUUCAAGAUCGAUGUGCAAGCAAUACAGGAAAAUUGCGGAUUCAAUGUGGCACCUUCGACGCUGAGUAUUUCGUCAUUCACUCCUCUCUCGAAAGAUGGCAGUAACUGUCAGCAUUCGUCAAGUUCCUUCGAAACGAUGACCAUUUGCAGUGUAGGCUCGAAUUCGGCCAAUGGUGAACACAAUGUCAUCAACACGGACAAAUUUCGCCUGAGCAAGUUGGUGAAAAAGAAGCUGUGCAAGUGCUUGGAUCCACCGACGCAAAAGGGUAACGAUUGGCGCAUGUUGGCUGCCCAUCUGAGCGUGGAUCGUUACCUGGCGUACUUCGCUACCAAACCCUCGCCUACCGAUCAGAUCCUCGACCUGUGGGAAUGCCGAAACCGGGAUCUGAACGCGGUCUGCAAUCUGAUCGAGAUCUGCCGGAAUAUGGGCCGUCACGACGCGGUUAGCAUAUUGCAAGAGAUUCCAACGCCUUCCUGGUUGUAGAUAUAGAAUUUAGUCAAAGGUUGGAAACAUGAUAUGUACAGGCGCGCGCAAUAGAUGUCGGUCGUUGAACAUAAAUAUACGUAACCACUCUCGAAGUAGUUUGCGACGAAGAAGAUGUAAUGUUAUAUCGAAACGAUUAGGUACACAGAAUCCUGCGGGGGAAAAAUCUCGCUAUGCUCUUUAAUCGGUAAUCUGCCCGGUAAUCGAAGCGUUUAACCUUUCGAGCGCAACUUGGGCGAUCGGCACGUGAUUAUUUCUGCUGAUUUUAUUUCGCUCGCCGCCCGAUGAAACAGACAGGCGGUUCAUCUCAAAAGCCCGGUAGCCACACUUAAGCGAAGCAAACAAGAUGCAUCCUGCUGCUGCCGGCUGGCAGUCAAACACAUGCGCGCAAGCACACGCAUAUAGGUCAAACCAAUCUUGAUGAAUAUUUAUAAAUCAUUAUCUGGCUGAUACGCUCUUAGGUUAAUCGCGAGCGAGCCUCGAACAAUGUUUGUUCCUUUUUCAUUAUUGGAAUAUGAAUCCACUGCUGGAGUGAUUUUUCUUUCCUUAGACAUUGAAGUUGAUCUUUUGGAUUUCUGAAGAUUUUGUCUAUUGAUAGUUUGUUUUACUUUAUGAAAAUGAAUGAUUUUGCCAUACUUGACUUCAAUUAACUUCAAUUAGAUUAGAUUCCACAGACGUUCCAUAAAAACAAUGAAAUGAUUAUAUUACCAAGUAGUUUGCGUGGCGGGGUAGGGCCUGUUGUCCCUCUCGCCUCGGGAUUCCCGCUAACAAGCGCGCAAACACGUGCGGCCGGACUCGAGCCGUUCCGAAUGUUGCGGGCAACAUCUUGCCACACUCUGUGAUUAUUUAAAUUAUUGUUUCACUACAAUCAACCGUCUGACCAAGCCUCGCGUCCGAUUGGUUGAGCAACAUCUGUUAGAGGCAGGGAGGGUAGCACAAUUCUUGGAGCUUUAAUCGACCCGGAUUUCUGCUGAUUGGCUUCGGGGGUCACCCGUGAAGAUAGGAUAUUAUCGAACGCAACCAAAGGGCAAACUACUAUUCGAUUGGAAACAAGAUUUCUUUGCACGUGGAGUAACGUUUACAGUGCUUUUGGCACUCAUUUUAUUGGUUACGAUGGACACGAGGAAACAGAAGCUAUCACUUGCCACUAUGUUGCAACGAGUAAUUUUAUAUCUACGUGAUUGAUCGGUCCCAUUAACAUUCCGGGAGAUGGUAGGACGAAUCUCUCGUUAUAUACAGCACGUAAGUCAAGCGGUUAAUUGAAUAUUGAUGGUUGAAAGUGAUUUUAUUUGAAAAGAAUUGCCCUCGAUAGAGAACGGCACCAUAAAUGUACCUAACAGAUAGAAAGGCGGAAGGAGAUAUAAAAUGGCUACUUAUUUUACGACUUAAUGAUUGAGACGUAUGAAUUUCAACGCACUCUAUCGUGUACGAUGAAACAGCUCUAUAAAAGUGAACAUUUGAUAAGUUGCGGUAAUUGGAAUUUUAUUGCUAGAGCUAAACGAGCGACCAAUUGCAGCAAGUUUGUGUUAGUUUGUAAAAGCAUGUGCUGUGCAAUGAAAAUGUUUUUCUUUGUAAAUAAAUCGAUUUGAAAAAGAACGUUUACAUUGAAAUCUAGAGUUGUACAGUACACUUUGUCUUAUAAAUCAUAAUUUCUAUUAUUAUUGUUCAAUAAUAAGUAAAUUAGGUUAUUACAAUGAAUAAGUAAAUUAGGUGAUGACGUUGGUUCAUUGGAUCUUUUAAAAUAAUCGAAUUGCUGCGUUUUACCCUUGACACAAUUUGAAGAGCUUUGAUCGUCUUCUAUGAAUACUUGUACUCGCUGUUUGUUCAAAGUCAACUCGUUCUC